GCAGGGAUUCAAACCUGCAAUCUUUCAGUUAUGAGACCUGCUCCUUACCCCUAUGCCACACUACCACUGACAAUGCUUUAGAGACAGUGAGGGGUGGAAAGCUGUCCAUCUGGUCAGGGGAAUUCAGUCAAAAGCUUAUCCUGCAGUCCAUAAGUGAGGAGCUGACCCACAGGAAUCCAGUGUCACAGUGUCUCACACUGGGUCAGCUGCUGUCAACUACAGAAAAGCCUAGCCCUAAUGUGUAGUGAGUAGUGUUUGAUGCGUCAUUCCCAAACAACUUGUUUGACCUCACUGACAAAUUUGUCAAAUUUUGGCUAAUUUCAAUUGUGCUGGAUGCAAAUGUUUCUCAAGCUCAGAGAUCUCAAGGAAGAACUGUUCAUGUAUUCAGAAGAUGGCACCAUGCUGUGUUCCUUUCAGAUGUCAUGUUCUGAUGUCAUGUUCUUUUGGCUUCACUGUGGAACAUUACUGUGGACAGAUGCCUGCAUCACCCUCACAUGUCUCUGCCUUCCCCAUACAGUUCUCUGACAGGAUGAGCUUCAUGGAGCAGGUCAUGAAUCUUUACACUUACCUUGUCCAAAAUCCCCCUCCCCCCCUUCUCGACCUUUUCCAAACAGAAGCACCAUUACAGUGAAACAACACACAAUUGGAAUUCUUAUUCAUGGCAGAUGCACAAAAGUGACAGCAAAGAAAUCUGUCCCCAUGAAAAUGAAGCAGUUUCGCAGGGAGAACAAAGGACGAUUGGGAAAGGUGGACAGUCAGAUCUUUGCCAUCUGCAAUGUUACCACCAAAAUAAAUGCAAUGAGACAUUUCCUGGGGAGAACUAAGAGUCUUUAGUGAGUCAUAGGCACAGCUUGCCAUGUGUUUGGUCUUGAAUGGAAGGCAGGUCACAUGGUCAUAUGUGGGUGGGUAAGAUUUUAUUCAGAACAACAUGAGCAGGCUUGCCUCUAAGACUUGAACAGGAAUGAGAAAGGACAGCUUCUCAGAUUUCCUAUAUUCAAUUAGAUUGAAAGAGAAGUAUAAUAAGAAAUGUACUUUGUUUUAAUGCAUCUGUAGGAGCCAUUUCGAACCUUAAAGUUUAUCAUUAUUCAACUGAUGUAUGGGUUAAGCACAGAACAUAAAGGUUGUUUUUCUGUUAUAUACCUUUAAAUGGGUUUGUAGAGUUUGUCACGUCAGUUGUUGCCUUAGGUAUAACGGGUUUAAUAUAUUAUAGGCCACGCCCCUCUUGACUGGGAGAGAAGAGUAUGUUAAUGAGUUGGGAAAAGGAGAGAAAAAAUGGCCAGUUAACAGGUUAGUGCAUCAAGAGGUGGGUGAGCAUACAGUUUUCCGACCAUGUCCGUAUUCUUUGCUCGAACAGCCUCAUAACAAAUAAGUAAGGAUGCAGUCAAAUCGGCAACACAGAGCAAAGCGAACAAACUAAAGAACUGAAUAUUUCCUCGAAGGAUCGAUUCGAGUUUGUGUUGAAUGGAUGCAAUGUGUCUGCUGCUGAGUGGAAAUGGGACUGGCGACUGUGAGAUGUGAACAAACUGGAUUGCUGUGAACAAAUUGAAAAGGAUACGCAAACCCACAACAUUCUGUGAGACCAUGGGGAAGGCUGACAUUUGGUUGAUCCGCACCUACUGGGAUUUUGAAUAUCCCCGACCUUUCCCUCCCAAUUUCAAAUUUGUUGGUGGUCUUCACUGCAAGCCUGCUAAGCCACUACCUGACGAUAUCGAGGAAUUUGUACAGAGCUCGGGUGAUGAUGGGAUUGUGGUGUUCUCAUUGGGAUCAAUGAUCAAGAACCUCACUCAAGAAAGGGCAAACACCAUCGCUGCUGCUCUCGGACAGAUACCACAGAAGGUUCUUUGGCGAUACAGCGGAGAGAAGCCAGAAACUCUGGCUAGCAACACCAGAAUUUAUGACUGGAUUCCUCAGAAUGAUUUGCUUGGCCAUCCAAAGACUAGAGCCUUCAUUACCCAUGGAGGGACCAAUGGAAUAUACGAAGCCAUCUACCAUGGCAUCCCCAUGGUGGGCAUCCCCUUGUUUGCUGACCAGCCAGACAACAUGAUGCACAUGAAGACUAAAGGAGCUGCCGUCACCCUGGACUUCAACAACAUGCAAUCCAAAGACCUGGUGGACGGCCUCAACACUGUGAUCAAUGACCCAACGUACAAAGAAAGUGCCAUGAAGCUGUCAAGGAUCCACCAUGACCAGCCGAUGACACCUCUGGACCAAGCUGUGUUCUGGAUCGAGUUUGUGAUGCGGAAUAAGGGGGCCAAGCACCUGAGGCUCCAGGCCCACAACCUCACCUGGUAUCAGUACCACUGCUUGGAUGUGUUUGCUGCACUGGCGGCCACAGUGGCACUCGUGAUUUUCAUCACCUUCAAAACAUGCAAAUUCUGCUUCCGCAAGUGUUGCCUGAGAUCAAAAUCAAAGAGUAAAAACGAUUGAUUUUUAUUCUGUCUCUGGGUAGUUAUAGUAUGUCCACUGAUGCAGAGGUGUUUUAUUGAUCUAGUAUUUCCUGAAAAUAGUUUCCAGUUAUUAUAGUGUAGUAAAUCAUUGUGGAUAAAAUAUUGGUUACAUUUGUACACCAGACGUUUUUGUUGUUACACAAUAUUUGUUGUGAACACCUGUACUGAGAAAUGGCAAGAACUGACGCGAAUGCAUGAUAUGACAUAUUAUGGCACACAAAUGAACACAACCCUCCACUCAUUCCUGUUAAUUAGGUUUGAUUUUUUUGUUAAGUGUCUUUAUACCUUUUUAUAUGACCACAUACAGUAAUUAUGAAAAUUGUAUUUUGAUAUUUUUUAAUAUGUAAUUUUAUACAUGGAUACAUGAAUGUACUUACAUGUCCUGUGAAAAGUGCGGAAAAAUAGAUUACGGAUAAUCUGCUCAGUAAAUGAUGAAACUGGUGUAAAAAUUACCAUUAAAAUAUUUGUUUUGAAAUUUC